AUGUCGUCUUUCGUGCAGUCUCUCGAUACUCUUCAGCGCGCGUACAGCAAACAGGGAGAUGAAGACACACUGAACACAGCAAUGCGAAGGGCCCUUCGUCAACAUGCAGCGGCGGAGCGGCUUGAAUUUCGUCAAGAUAGCGUGGGCAAUGUGUACAUUAACAAAUACGGAAGAGACAGCGAUCUGGGAGGGAUUGCACUUGCGUUCCCACUCGACGAGCACAAGUCUCCGCAACUGUUUGUCGGCGCAUUUACAGUAUUCAGCCAGCUAGCAAGCCAAGAUCUUCUUUGUGGACUAACAUUGAUGGGCUGCACUUCAUCGAAGGAAGGGCCCAUCGGCUUGGAAAUGUGGGCAGCAUCGACUGGCGCUUCGGUGAAGUCUACAUCACCAUCCCCACAGUUGGGCUUGCUGAAACAGUUCUCCAGUCUUCCAAGCCCGUUGGAAUUUGUCUUCUCUGCCGUAUUUCAGGUUUACAACACGACUUCGCAAGCAUUGAAGCUGGAUGGUAGUUUCAUUCUGAUGGCGCAGGCACAGAAGUGCGCUCUAGAUCUCGGCGGUGUCACGACGCAUGUCCGGGACUUCCCUAGAGCUCCACGUCUGCUGAUUGAGGGUCACAACGCAGAAACAAUUGCAACGGAGACCAUUCGUGGGUACAGCGAGUAUAUAGCUGCACUGUUCGAUAACUUUGACUAA